AUGACCUCUCUCCACUACAGAAGCGCCUCCGCUACUGAUCGAAGAAGUACGCAGUUUUCGAACGGCACCACACGCGUGAACUCGAGCAGAGCCACCAGAGACGAGCGACCAUUUGCCCGCGACGCCGGCUCUCCAGUCCUGCCAGAUGGCAACGCAGAUCCGGGGAAUGGAGCCAACGUAGCCUCCAACGCCGAGAGGCGAUUGAGUGGUCUCGAAUACAGACGAAGGGAGAAGUCAACCAUCACGACAACGGAGACCAUAUACACAAGGAGAAGUCCAAAGAAGGAGCCCCCGAAUACUGCCGCCCGGAAUGGUGCGAGGCGGAGUGUAGUCAGUCCUGUGCUUAAGCAGCCAGAUGAAGAUGCCAGCACGCCUUCCCCGCCAUGGGCACCUUCGGUAUCGCUCAUCCCUCAUUCUUCCGCACCUCUUGCUGUGAGGGUUACGGUGCCGCCUUUAUCGCGCCACGCCCCCGCAGAUCUUGACCCUCUGCCUCUCGAUCACUUGUCCAUGCAGGAACAAGAACAUGCACUACUGGAUGAUCUACUGUAUGUGUUUAUGGGCUUCGAAGGGCAGUACGUGCGGUUCCAAGACAGCUACGACCCUGCGGAAGAAAAACACCGCCUCAAUGGGCCUUCUUUCCAUCCGCUGCCCGGCCUCGACCCGAGCUUGCGAGACCUCACAACGUCGAUGCUUUCCAUGGCCACACAUCAUUGCGCGAUUGAGGCCUUCAUCGAGGUGCAGAGUCGCGAAGAAUUUGGUUCGGUCAAUCACGCUCUCUGUGCAGCAAUCCGGAAGCUUCUAAAGGACUACCUCAUCUUGAUUGCUCAGCUGGAGAUGAAGGUCCUCACAGAUCCAAAGUUUACAUUGCAUCAGAUGCAUAUCGCCAUCAUUCCCACCGCGCAGUGUCUGACUCAGUUAUAUUCACUCGCUCAAGAACUUUUAAAGAAGAAUUCCCUCCUGGAAGAAGACAUCGAUGAUUCCAUCGACGACUUCGACGCGGACAACAUCAUCGAGCGGCUCAAGGAAGGCGGAGAUCUGCUACCGGGCAGUCUGGCCAAGAAACGAUGCAUUGGUGGUAAUGUUCUGGGAUUACUGACAACCCGACUCUCCACGUUCUCUGGUGAUCCCGCUGCCAGAUCAAUCCUAGAGAUGCUCCUCCGGGAGUCCAGCCGGCCUUACAUGGUCAUGCUUAAUGAAUGGCUUCACCAUGGAGGCAUCAAUGAUCCCCACUCGGAAUUUCUGAUUGGUGAACGGGCCAGUAUUAAGCGGGAACGACUUGAUGAGGACUAUACCGAUGAAUACUGGGAGAAGCGAUAUUACAUCCGGGAGAAAGAAGUACCGCCACAACUGGACGCCAUGCGGGAGAAGGUCCUCUUAGCGGGCAAGUACCUGAAUGUGGUGCGUGAAUGUGGUGGUGUAAACAUCAGCAGCAAGAUCGUCGAUACACCCGCCACAUUCGACGACCCACGCUUUCUCGACAAUGUCAACACCGCAUACUCCUUCGCCAACAAGGAGCUGCUACAUCUCCUCCUGACCAAGAACUCUCUUCGAAGUCGACUGCGGUCCCUGAAACACUACUUCUUCCUAGACCGGGCCGAGUUCUUCCUCUAUUUCCUUGAACUCAGUGAUUCUGAGCUGCGUAAAAAGCAUCGGGACGUCAAUGUUGGCAAGCUACAGUCGCUGCUGGAUCUCGUGCUUCACCAACCAGGCAGCAUUGCAGUCGCCGACCCGUUCAAAGAGGAUGUGAAGGUGGAGAUGAACUCUGUCGGACUGACGCAAUGGCUAAUCAAGGUCGUCAACGUGCAAGGCAUGGAUCAGGACAACCCGGAUUCGGUGAUCGAUCAAUACAAAACGCCUGCCGCUUCGCAGAUCUCCGCAACGGAGAAGUUGAAGGAAGAGAAGAAAAAGGAAGAGGAGAAGGACAUCAUCGGAUUCGACGCACUAGAGCUCGAUUAUCAAGUGCCCUUCCCCCUAUCCCUGAUCAUUAGUCGCAAGACGGUGAAACGCUAUCAGCUCAUCUUCAGGUACACCCUCGCGCUUCGCCACCUCGAGACUCAGCUCGUCGGCUGCUGGUCUACUCAUACCAAGGAGAGGGCGUGGAUCCACAAGUCGUCCGACAAGAAAUUCGAGCUCUGGAAGCGGCGGGUAUGGACGCUUCGGUCCAGGAUGCUUGUCUUUGUCCAACAAAUGCUCUUUUUCGCCACGGCAGAAGUCCUGGAGCCGAACUGGCAAAAGCUCAUGAAAAAGGUGGACGAUGCCGAGCGAGACGACACCGAAGAGAUGAGGCCCGGACUCAACCCCAAGGCCAAGCCGACAGUCGAUGAAUUGAUGCAAGAUCACGUCGACAUGCUGGAUUCAUGCAUGAAAGACCUUGGCCUGACGCAGGCCAAACUCCUCCGGUUACAUACGAAGCUCAUGACCGGUUGCGGGAUGUUUGCGUCCUACGUCGAGCACGUCACCAAGUCCAUCUACGACGCUGAUACGAGCAUUCAAUUGAAACCUGCCAAGCCUGGAGGCGCGACACCACCACCUCCGCAACCGACAGAUCCAGCACGGAUGAAGAGGAUAGAAGAGUCGAUUCGGAAAUACGAGGAGCAUUUCAACAGACACCUGAAGAUCUUGAUCGAUGCACUCAACUGGUUCGCCACGACGGAAACCGUGUCAUUGCUCAGCCUCUGCGGGAGAUUGACGAACGCGGAGGUGCAGAAACGGGAUGACCUGUUCAUUUGA